UCGAAUCACUGACACGCUGUUUGAGCCGAUCAUCCAAGGAAUCCAAGCCCGCGUCAGAGACAUCAGGCAAGAAAUACGUCCAUACGCCGACUCACGCAGCCGCUUCGCAUCUCAAGACAACCAGGACGAGGAACAUGGACCGGGCAAAUGAAGUCCUUUGACCAUAUUGAUGGGCAAGGCGUGAAAAGAUAUUCCACCUGAGGCGCAACUUGUUAGUAAGUAAUGAAGAAGGUUCUUUUGAAAGUACAACGGGCUGACUGGGGGCAAACCUUAGGCGUCUUUGUGGAGCACGAUGUUGAUGAGCCAGACUACACCCUCAAGCACGAGACACCGCCUCAAGUUUGGUUCCACGCAACGAGCCUAGUCCAGAAUGCUAUCCUGCCUCGGAAUCUGAGCGAGCGUCGAAUAAGUCCGCACAUUUCGAAGCCCUCAGCACAGGCCGAGUCACAGGAGGCGAGAGACUUCAAGCGACCAGGUCCAACAUAUGACGACGGAUGGAAGACGACGAGUUUUAGAUUCGUGAUUGGUGGAAAGAUGUGAUCCGGGAAUAGAGGACUCGCCGUAGGGGGAACAUGGUUCGAUAGGAAGCAGAAACACGACUGAAGCAGGUGAUGGCGGUGAUGGUACCCCAACUCUUAGACCCCAAGGCAAUAGAAGACUCGAGGCGCAGUUGCUCGGAUUAAAGGGCGACACUUGUGACCGUCGAGAUGAUUCCAAUAUUGAGUGGAGGGGAUGAGCCCCAUGUCAAUUUCUCCUGGCUUUGCGUGAAACAGCUUUGCCCCCAAGGCACCUGGGAAUUGUUGAUGUACCGCUCGAAAUAUUGAACCGUUAUAGGAAGUUGCUGAGCAUCUUUCUUGGGCUGACCUUGUUGAUUAGGGCCAAGGGCUCUCGAAGGGC